AUGGGAAUUCCACAUCUAAUAACAUUCCUCCGUCCUUAUGCAACUCUCGAUUCGUUCAAGGGCAAAGAUGUAGUAAUCGACGGUCCAGGUUUAGCAUAUCAUAUCUAUCAUAUAUGUUUAGGUACCAAAAAGUCUGCGGGAAACUACUUUGAAGCAAAUCCGUCGUAUAAAGAGAUUGGAGAUACUGUAUUGGCAUGGCUGGAUGGCCUAGAAAGGAGUGAUGCUGUUGUGAAAAGGAUAUACUUUGAUGGAUAUCUACCCCCAGCCAAAUUAGAUGUUCGUUACCAAAGGCGUAAUCGAAAUACACAGCAACUAGAAAAAUAUCACAAAGAAUAUGCGUCUGGUUUGAGGUACCGACUUUCAUCGACAAACCAAACUAUACCUACAUCAUUUCCUUUCGCAUUUUCCCCCCAGCGUCCCAACUUCACAAAACUUCCAGCGUCAUCCUUUCUCGUUCCUGCAAUAAUUGAAGCUUUACAAACCUCUAACAAAUACAAACAUCUCGUCACGAUUGUUCCCGGGGAAGCAGAUACAUAUUGUGCCAGCUAUGUUAGCCGAUAUGGUGGAAUCAUUCUCACUGGCGAUUCUGAUCUUCUCGUUCAUGAAAUUGGCACCGACAGUUCUGUGAGCUUCUUUCAAGAUGUUGAAGUUUCAUCCAAGGCCGAUGCAUGGAUGCUACAGUCCCAAAUAUUCCAUGCUGGAUCCAUCAUCAAGCGAUUAGGCCUUCCACCUUCAUAUGGUAUUCGUGCUCUUGCUUUUGAGAUUUUCAUGGAUUGUCAUGGUAGCUUUUCGAAGUUACUGAAACAAGCAAUUGCGUUAACAGCCAUCAAUCAGCACCAAAAAACGUAUAAAGACUUUGUCAAGGAGUAUUUGCCAGUGGAUAUUGAUGUAGCCACUCUCAGUUCGGAGCUGCUCAAACCUUCUGUAGUGAAGACUGCUCUGCAAGUUCUUGAUCCUCGUAUUUGUGAGUAUGUUCUUCAGUUUCCUUAUUUUAUGAAAUGCCUUGGCCUUUCCCAAUCUUCAAGCGGCUCCCAGGAUGGUGCAAAUAACAUCAACAUUUUUCUUCCAUUUCUCAUUGAUUCCCCAUCUCGAACCAAUGCUUGGGAGAUGUCCACAUCUAUCCGACAACUGGCAUAUGGUUGCAUCAAUCUCGUACUUCCAGUCGAAGAGAGGAGGACCUCCGUUUUUGAGAAUAAACGACAAGCAAAUGCUUCGCGCGGGAGGGAGUGGGCAAUUCCAGGUGCUUCAGAUAUUUCAGAGGCUUGCACUGAAGUUAUAAAUUUCCUUCGCGAGACACGGUCCAAGGUCAAGGGACAUGACGCUGCUAAUCACUGGACCUCAAUCUCAUUUACACAAGAUGCCAGUGGUCAGAGUCGAUUGACAAAUAUCCGCAAGACAAGUGAGUGGGAUUGGGAUAUGAUACAUGUCAUUGCCCAAAUCCAAGGAUCUCAUUACUCUUUCAGAAUUUUGAAGCAGAUGAUAAGCUUUUUGACCCUGAUUGGUGGCCGUAACUCAGUCCCUUUACCACUGUCGCAACUAAAUGACAUGCUUCAAGACCUGCCAUGUCUCAGUGAUCUCAACGGGUUCGAAAAAAUGGACUCCAGCUUACGGACGAUGAAAGAAACGAUUCUUGGAGAUUUAAGUCAGGGGAUUGGAAUAUCCACUGCCACUUCUGCGGAAGCAAUUAAGCAAAAGAAGAAACGGAAGCGGGACAACUCGAAUCGGACUGGCACAGCAAACAAAAAGCCAACAAAUCCAUUUGAUGUAUUGGGUACUGAUUGGUAA